CUGAGAGAAACAGAGAUAGACAGCACCCUCCAGCAGGGUCUUGACCCUGUGAUCCACUCUCAGAAUUCAUUCAGCCUUAUAUAAUGGACAUGUGUGGAUCUGGUGCACUUAGGAGUUCUCUGGACAUGAAUCUGGAACCUUUCUAUAAAUGUCAGCAGAUGUACCAUCACUAGGUCCAGCCAUAGCCUCUGGAAACCCUGGAUCUGGAAUUCAAGGUGGAGGAGCCAUUGUCCAAAGAGCUAUUAAGCGGCGACCAGGGAUGGAGUUUGAUGAUGAUGGUGAAGGAAACAGUAAAUAUUUGAGGUGUGAUGACGAUCAGAUGUGUAAUGAUAAGGAGCGGUUUGCCAGGUCGGAUGAUGAGCAGAGCUCUGCGGAUAAAGAGAGACUUGCCAGGGAAAAUCAUAGUGAAAUUGAACGGCGGCGACGGAACAAGAUGACAGCCUACAUCACAGAACUGUCAGACAUGGUACCCACCUGUAGUGCCCUGGCUCGAAAACCAGACAAGCUAACUAUUCUACGCAUGGCAGUUUCUCACAUGAAGUCCUUGCGAGGAACUGGCAACACCUCUACUGAUGGCUCCUAUAAACCAUCCUUCCUCACUGAUCAGGAACUGAAACAUUUGAUCUUGGAGGCAGCAGAUGGUUUUCUGUUUAUUGUCUCAUGUGAGACAGGGCGGGUCGUGUAUGUCUCUGAUUCAGUGACUCCUGUUUUGAACCAGCCACAGUCUGAAUGGUUUGGCAGCACACUCUAUGAUCAGGUGCACCCAGAUGAUGUGGAUAAACUUCGUGAGCAGCUUUCUACAUCAGAAAAUGCCCUGACAGGGCGUAUCCUGGAUCUUAAGACUGGAACAGUGAAAAAGGAAGGUCAGCAGUCUUCCAUGAGGAUGUGUAUGGGCUCAAGGAGAUCAUUUAUUUGUCGAAUGAGGUGUGGUAAUAGCUCUGUGGACCCAGUCUCCAUGAAUAGACUCAGCUUUGUGAGGAACAGAUGCAGGAAUGGACUUGGCUCUGUGAAGGAUGGAGAACCUCACUUUGUGGUGGUCCACUGUACAGGCUACAUCAAGGCUUGGCCCCCAGCAGGUGUUUCCCUCCCAGAUGAUGACCCAGAGGCUGGCCAGGGGAGCAAGUUUUGCCUAGUGGCCAUUGGUAGAUUGCAGGUGACUAGUUCUCCCAACUGUACAGACAUGAGUAAUGUUUGUCAGCCAACAGAGUUCAUCUCUCGACACAACAUUGAGGGGAUCUUCACUUUUGUGGAUCAUCGCUGUGUGGCUACUGUUGGCUACCAGCCUCAGGAACUCUUAGGAAAGAAUAUUGUAGAAUUCUGUCAUCCUGAAGACCAGCAACUUCUAAGAGACAGCUUCCAACAGGUGGUGAAAUUAAAAGGCCAGGUGCUGUCUGUCAUGUUCCGGUUCCGGUCUAAGAACCGAGAAUGGCUCUGGAUGAGAACCAGCUCUUUUACUUUCCAGAAUCCUUACUCAGAUGAAAUAGAAUACAUCAUCUGUACCAACACCAAUGUGAAGAACUCUAGCCAGGAACCAAGGCCUACACUAUCCAAUACAAUCCAGAGGCCGCAGUUAGGGCCCACAGCUAAUAUACCUCUGGAGAUGGGCUCAGGGCAACUGGCACCAAGGCAGCAGCAACAGCAAACAGAAUUGGAUAUAGUACCAGGAAGAGAUGGACUGGCCAGCUACAAUCAUUCCCAGGUUUCUGUUCAGCCUGUGACAACCACUGGGCCAGAACAUAGCAAACCCCUUGAGAAGUCAGAAGGUUUAUUUGCCCAGGAUAGAGACCCACGAUUUUCAGAAAUCUAUUCCAACAUCAGUGCAGAUCAGAGUAAAGGCAUCUCCUCCAGCACUGUCCCUGCCACCCAACAGCUAUUCUCCCAGGGCAACACAUUCCCUCCUACCCCCCGGCCGGCAGAGAAUUUCAGGAAUAGUGGUCUGGCCCCUCCUGUAACAAUCGUUCAGCCAUCAGCUUCUGCAGGACAAAUGUUGGCCCAGAUUUCCCGCCACUCGAACCCCACCCAGGGAACAGCCCCCACUUGGACCCCCAGCACCCGCCCAGGCUUCUCUGCCCAGCAGGCGGCAUCCCAGGCUACAGCCAAGACUCGGUCUUCCCAAUUUGGUGUGAGCAACUUUCAAACUCCGUCUUCCUUCAGCCCCAUGUCCCUCCCUGGUGCUCCCACUACAUCACCUGGUGCUGCUGCCUACCCUAGUCUCACCAAUCGUGGAUCCAACUUUGAGGCAGGACAGACUACAGGACAAUUCCAGACACGGACAGCAGAGGGUGUAGGUGUCUGGCCACAGUGGCAGGGCCAGCAGCCUCAUCAUCGCUCAAGUUCUAGUGAGCAACAUGUUCAACAGCCAUCAGCACAGCAACCUGGUCAGCCUGAGGUCUUCCAGGAGAUGCUAUCCAUGCUGGGAGACCAGAGCAGCAGCUACAACAAUGAAGAAUUUCCUGACCUAACUAUGUUUCCCUCCUUUUCAGAAUAGAACUGUUGGGGUGAGGAUAAGGGGUGGGGGAGGAAAAAAAUCACUGUUUGUUUUUAAAAAGCAAAUCUUUCUGUAAACAGAAUAAAAGUUCCCCCUUCCCUUCCCUCACCCCUGACGUGUACCCCUUUUCCCUUUUGGCCUUUCCCCUAUCCUCCUGCCUUUCUGAGGUAACAUUUUUAGAAGAAAUGGAAUGAAUUCCCAAUGCUUUUAGGGCCCUUUGAAAAUCUGAGGCUAAGUGAGGUUGGAAUGCCUUUCCUUAUGUCUCCUGAUUGAACCUGACAUCCUCCACUUGCCUUGGAUACUGUGGCUUGUCCAUGGAAACAAAUUAUGAAUAGAGUGGAGACGCAAUGUCCUCACAUUUGAGGACCUUGAAACAUGGUAGGUAUACAUGGGGUUUUAGGAAGUGAGCAUAGACUCUUCCUGCUGCCUCUGAGCAACAGUUCUGGAAAGAAACAUGUGAAUGAGUGAGUGAGUGAGUGAGUGAGAGAGAGAGAGUAUGUGUGUGCUUCUGUCUUUCUUCCUUUCUCUUCAUUAGGGAAUUAUGCAAACUUUAUCACAGAUUUUAUCUUUGUCUUUCUGUGUGCUUUUCAAAGAGGCCUAAGGAGUUAAAUGUUCCAGGUAUUUUCCACUUAGUAUUGCAGCCAAAGAGUAUUUAAAUAAAUGUCUUUGCUGCGCUAACAUCUAUGCCCAGCCAAUAUGCAACUAUAAGCAAAUCGAUAAAGUCUUCUGUUGAUAUGGUUGGUCUCUCAUCGAACAUACUCAGUGAUAAAGCUGGGUUACUUCUGCUUUGGUGCUCUCACCUUAUUUGGAAGACAUACAAACUACCGAAAUAGGCUGGCAAGAUAAACACUUAAGAGACCCCAGACUUGGCCAUAAGGGUGAUGCUGCAUUUUUUCUGUCAGAAUCACACAUGAUGUGUGUUCUGUAGAGGUUCUUUCUGCAUGGAAACUCAACUUCUUGGAUCAGCAGUCCUAGUGACAAUCUUCAGUGUUGGAGUGUAAACCAAAUACAUAGCCCUCUUGCAAAGUAGCCUCUUUUAACCCAUUCUCAAAAUACCCAGUCAGGCAAGAAGCUGAGGUUUAGGUCUCUCCUGGGCCUCUGGUUCUUUCCUCUUUGCUCCCUCUCCAAUCUUAAGAUUGGAUUUUGCUUUAGAGUGUAAGUAUAAUAACUCCAUGUGAUAGAUGGGGCCUGGACUCCCAUCUCAGCAGGGUCACUUUGUAAUUAACUAUAGCCAUAUAAUUGCGGAUACAGGUAACUAUUCACCCUUUACCUUCCUCAGGUAACAAUCAUGUAUAUCAGCCUUUUUAAAUGUUUUUUAAUUGGCUUCGGCCAGUAUUAAUGUGCAAGACUGAAUUAUAAGGAGAAGAUGCAUUAAA